AUGUCUCUCGCUAAACAAAAUUUCGCAUCAGUCACAGAAGAAACUAUUAACGCGCAAAUUAAUACUGAACUUAAAGCGGCCCAAACCUAUCUUUCUCUAGCCGCCUGGGCAGGAAACGUCAGUGUCGCGUUACCAGGCCUCACCAAAUUCUUUCAGGAAAGUGCUCAAGAAGAACGUACACACGCUGACAAACUAAUCAAUUAUCAAAACCUCCGUGGUGGAAAAGUUGUUCUCACCGAUUUAAAAGCACCAGAAUCCAACUGGACAUCGGCCAAAAAUGCACUAGAAGCGGUACUUCAACUCGAAAAAGAUGUCAACAAAUCGCUUUUGAAUCUGCAUAAAAUCGCUGAGGAACAGAAUGAUCCACAGUUGUGUGAUUAUAUCGAGUCAGAGUUUUUGGGCGAGCAAGUUGAGGCUGUUAAGAAAAUUGCAGAUUAUGUAACUCAAUUGAAUCGUGUUGGUGGGGAUGGACUUGGUCUUUAUUUGUUUGAUCAGGAUUUGUUGGCGGGAAAAUCGAUCAAUCUUUUAACCAUGGCUACCAAGGCAGAUCCAAACAAGCAAGGAUGGGAGGAAUCGGAGUUUCCAAUACUUUGCGAAACUUGUCUCGGAGACAACCCAUAUGUUCGAAUGACAAAGCAACCACAUGGGAAAGAAUGUAAGGUCUGUUCUCGUCCAUUUACCAUUUUCCGAUGGCUUCCUGGAUCGGGAAUGCGAUACAAAAAGACCGAAAUUUGCCAGACAUGUGCCAAGUUAAAAAAUGUAUGUCAGACAUGUUUGCUGGAUUUGCAGUAUAAUCUUCCUGUGCAAGUUCGCGAUACCGCGAUGAAUGUCACGAAUGAUGCUCCUCGAUCUGAUAUAAAUAGAGAAUAUUUUGCCCAGAAUAUUGAAGGGAAGAUUGCCGCUGGAGAUAGUCUAAUACAAUAUUCAAAGACAGAUUCAGCUGGUCGUGAUAUGCUGAAGAAACACGAAGUUCCCGAGGAAAAUGAACUUUCACAUCAAAAUAUCAAAGACCGAUACUACGGCACAAAUGAUCCGGUCGCGAAGAAAAUUCUCAAUAGGAUUAAAGGUGGUGGCAACUCAAACGUAAACCCACCGGAAGAUAAAUCUAUUACUUCACUUUUCAUUACCGGUGUAGAAGAAGAUAUAAUGGAGUCUGAUUUAAGAGGGCAUUUCUAUGCAUUUGGGGAAAUUAAAUCGGUUGUUGUGGUUCAUAGAUCACGUUGCGCUUUUGUUAAUUACGCAACAAGAUCUUCAGCCGAACAAGCUGUAGACAAAUCAUAUAAUAAUUUGGUUAUAAAAGGACAUACCUUAAAAGUAGCUUGGGGUCGGCCUCGCCCAACAGGUCCUAAAUCAGAGAUUGAAGCGGAUGAUCCGCUGGGACCUCCACCUCUUAUUCUACCACCACUCGAGUCACUAGAGAUUCCUGCACCACCUGGUACUGAAUCUAAAGGAAUUUUAUAUCCAAGUCAAGCUGACUUUUUCCGAUCAUUCUCGCCAGAUCCCACAUAUCAGGGUUCGACAACUAAAAGCUAA